UUUUCUUAAUAAUUGAAUCACAUUGAGGUAGAUGAUUGGGAAGAAAGAAUAGAAUAUAUAACGGAAUAAAGAAAAUAGUGUGUGGGUGCUUGUCAUUGGAAAGUUUAUUUCCAGAGUUUUGUGUUUAAUUUACAAUUUUCUGUACGUGUUGUCUUUCUCUACCCUACACUUAUUUUUAAGAUUUCGUCUAACAAUUUCUUACGAAAUUUAAGGUCGGACUCCGGCAAGAAGUUGUGACGUGAUGGGAAUUGCAUUCAAAUAAUUUAUUAUUCCACAUUUCACUGUCAGGAAUAUCCAUGAACAGUAUUGGAGAGAACUGCAGUGAGCUCAAGAAUCAGUAUGACCAUUGCUUCCUUACUUGGUUUUCUGAGAAAUUCCUGAAAGGGGAUACAAAUGAUGAAGUGUGUGCCCCUUUUUUCAAGGUAUACCAGCAGUGCGUUAAGAAAGCUAUGAAGGAACACCACAUUGAUUUGAAGGAAGUUGAAAAGGACGUACUGGGAUCUGCAGAUGAACAUGCCCCUCCACCAAAAAAUACUUGACAGUCAAAGCAAAUGGGGUGGUGUGGCUGGUUAUUUUCAUGCACAUUGCCCAAGGCCCUGCCUUGCCAACAACCAAUUACUGAUAAAGAAAAGCAAGAAAUAAAACAUAGGUGGUCACAGCAUAUAUUAGAAGCUGAAACAGCUGUCACAGAUAUGUAGAUUAUAUCACAAUUUAAUGUAUUCCAGUUUCUUUUCUUAGCUUACAAUAUUACUGGUUCCAAUUUGUAACUUAUUAAAGGCUGUCUGUCCUACGAAAGGAUCCUGCAGGUCUGAGGCAGAGUA